AUGUUACGGAACCGGCAGCUUCUGGGAAACCUCAAUCAACGUGUCAACAGGUCCAUUGCUAGCCAGCAAGAGAUUGCAGCGCACUUGCAAGACCGGUUUAGUGUUCUCGGUAAUAUUGAAGAGAGUACCAAAGCCGCUGCUGAGCAACUUGAGGGACAAGGGAUUUCCGUCCAGGAAAUCAUCAACGUCGUCACUAACACGCAAGGACAAACCGAGUCCAUCCUCACUGCUGUCACAAGCAUCCUGGCGUUCAUAACAUCGGGACGUGCACAGCUCAGCCAGAUCACCGAGCAGCUUCUCACUAUCAUCCGACUUUGCCACACCUCCACGACGGACACGCCAACAGCCAUGGCCAAGCUCAUCGAGCUUUCUGCUAGACUCCAGGAACUGAUCGCCGCCGAGACGUCGACCGGCCGCGACGUCGUCAUGGUCAACCAUUCAUUUGGCGGUGUCCUAGGUCAUAGCGCUGUUGACGGCUUCACGGUCAGGAACCCGGCGAGGCUCACCACGAUAGAGAGUAUAGGCAAAGUCAUUGGCAUUGUCUAG